UCAUCCCUCCCUCCCUCCCUCGUCACUUUUCUGUCUUCUACGUGUGUGAUAAAAGAAAUGGCGAAAUCACCAGAGGAAGAGCAUCCGGAGAAGGCUUUUGGAUGGGCAGCCAGAGAUUCUUCUGGCAUCCUCUCGCCUUUCAAAUUCUCUCGGAGGGCAACCGGAGAGAAGGACAUAAGAUUCAAAGUUCUUUAUUGCGGAGUAUGCCACUCGGAUCUGCACAUGGUCAAGAGCGAAUGGGAGGGCGCAUCCAUCUACCCACUAGUUCCUGGGCACGAAAUUGUUGGGGUAGCAACAGAAGUGGGAAGCAAGGUGAACAAGGUAAAAGUGGGAGAUAAAGUAGGAGUGGGAUGCCUUGUUGGUGCAUGUCACUCCUGCGAUGACUGUAAUAAUGAUCUUGAAGUUUACUGCUCCAAAAUGAUACUAACCUACAGUAACAUCUACCACGAUGGAACGAUAACAUACGGAGGUUACUCAGACACAAUGGUAGCUGAUGAGCGCUACGUUUUUCGAUUCCCAGAAAACCUACCACUCGACGCCGGGGCUCCACUGCUAUGUGCAGGGAUCACAGUUUAUAGUCCCUUGAAAUAUUAUGGUCUUGCUGAGGCUGGUAAGCAUAUUGGGGUUGUUGGCUUAGGUGGGCUCGGCCAUGUUGCUGUCAAGUUUGCCAAGGCUUUUGGAGCAAAAGUGACAGUAAUUAGUACCUCCCCUAGCAAGAAGGAUGAAGCCUUGGAACAUCUUGGGGCUGACUCAUUUUUGGUUAGUCGUGACCAAGAAGAAAUGCAGGCUGCACAGGGCACAUUAGAUGGUAUAAUUGACACAAUAUCUGCUAUGCAUUCCCUUUUACCAUUGAUUGGGCUAUUGAAGACCCACGGAAAGCUUGUUAUGGUAGGUGCACCAGAAAAGCCGCUUGAACUGCCUGUCUUUCCUCUGCUUAUAGGAAGGAAGAUGGUUGCGGGGAGUGCCACCGGAGGCAUGAAGGAGACACAAGAGAUGCUGGACUUUGCUGCAAAACACAACAUCACGGCUGACGUUGAAGUUAUUCCAAUGGAGUAUGUGAACACUGCCUUCCAACGUCUUGCUAAGGGUGAUGUUAGAUACCGAUUUGUCAUUGAUAUUGGGAACACCUUGGCUGCUACGAUGCCUUGAAGACUAGCUUGAUGUCCAAAGUUUCUUGUAUUGUUCCAGUAAUUUCUUUUAAUUGCUUUCUCCGUUUCUUUUAUCUCUACUUGAACCUUGUCUUUAAUAAAUAAAAGUUCCGAGUUUUUAUGCUGAA